UAUAGCCUAAGUUUUUAUAUAAAUAUUUACAAGAAUUAUAUUUUACUCUUGAAUGAGAUGGAUUCUGGCGACAAAUCGAUAAAUUCAACAAACAAAAUGAACAAUGGCCAUGCUGGGGCAAAUGGUUGCGUCGUACCAAGCAAUGGCGUGGUGCAACCAUUACUUACUGAUUUGUACCAAAUCACAAUGGCUUAUGCCUACUGGAAGAAUGGGAAAAUGAACGAUCACGCAGUCUUCGAUCUUUUCUUCAGAAAGAAUCCUUUCCGUGGGGAAUACGCAAUAUUUGCUGGUCUGGAAGAAUGUGUUAAGUUUCUUGCGAAUUUCAAAUUUUCACAUUCAGAUAUUGAGUAUUUACGUUCCGUCCUACCUGGCCCGAUUGAAGAAGAAUUUUUCACAUAUCUAUCAGCUAUUGAUGCCUCGCAGGUAUCUCUCUGGGCGAUUCCAGAGGGCUAUGUUGUUUUUCCGAAAAUACCUUUGGUACGAAUCGAAGGCCCUUUACCUGUUGUUCAGCUGAUGGAAACAACACUGUUGAAUCUCAUUAACUAUGCAAGUCUUGUAGCAACAAAUGCAUCCCGGUUUCGAAUGGUAGUAGGUGAUGAUAUACAAUUACUAGAAUUUGGACUAAGAAGAGCACAAGGCCCUGAUGGAGGACUGUCAGCUUCAAAGUACUGCUUUAUGGGAGGUUUUGAUGGGACAAGUAACGUACUUGCUGGCAAGACAUUUGGAAUUCCAGUUAGAGGGACACAUGCUCAUGCAUUUGUCAACAGCUUUCAAAGUUUGAAGGAGAUACCUCGCCAGAUCUUAUUACCGAACCCCGAAAGUUCAUCCACGAAAAAAACCAGCACUGAUUUUGUUGAAUUAUGUUUAAAAUAUCUUCGUGAAAUUGCGGCAGAUCUCGGAAUUAUCGCUGAUGAAACUAACAAAGGAGAGCUAGCAGCAUUCAUUGCUUAUGCUAUCGCUUUCCCAAAGUUGCUAUUAUGUCUUUUGGAUACCUACAAUGUUUUGAGGAGUGGCCUCCCUAAUUUCAUUGCGGUAUCUUUGGCAUUGAACGAGAUCGGUUAUAAAUCUGUUGGAGUUCGACUGGACAGCGGGGAUCUUGCGUAUCUUUCUGUCAAAUGCAGAGAAGCGUUUGUCAAGAUUUCUGAAAGAUUCAAUCUACCUUGGUUCAAGAAUAUGAACAUUGUUGCAAGUAAUGACAUAAAUGAAGAUACUCUGAGAUCGCUUAAAGAACAGGGCCAUGAAAUUAACAGCUUUGGAAUUGGAACACAUCUUGUGACCUGUCAGAAGCAACCUGCAUUGGGAUGCGUGUUUAAGCUUGUCGAAGUUAAUGACGAACCUCGAUUGAAACUCAGCGAAGAGGUCGCCAAGAUAAAUAUUCCUGGACGUAAAGAAAUCUAUCGUUUGUACACCAACGACGGAACAGCUAUUGUUGACCUUGUACAGCAUGCUAAAGAAGAUCCACCAAAGGUGAAUGAACGAAUUUUAGUACGACAUCCUUUCAUUGAAUCGAAGCGGGCUUAUGUCUGUCCCCAUCGUGUGGAGAAAUUAUUAACACAGUACUGGGGAAGAGAUGGCCCUAUGAAACCUUUCGAAGACUUGAAAGAUUUGAGGACGAGAGCUAUGCAAUGCCUGAACACUUUGCGUCCCGACAUCAAGAGGGAACUAAACCCAACGCCUUACAAGGUCUCGGUAUCAGACAAUAUGUAUUCCUAUCUGCAUGAUCUAUGGCUGAAGAACGCACCAAUCGGAGAAUUAGCCUGAACUACAGCAAGAUCUUAUGACAAGCCUUUCCUCGGCUGCCUCCCCCUUAGCAUGUUUGAAGGCUAGAUCCUCUUUGCCGUUCCUUUUUUUUUUAUAUGAAACCAGGGGGGAGGCGGGAUGUAUAUUUAAAACGGGGGGAUUUCGUCUCUCAACCUCCCUUCCUCCUUUUAAAAUGUAAAAAAAGCAUUCUUCAUGCAUAGCAGUUUUCGUAGCUUGAAACGCACCCUCAAUACUCUUCAAAACCCAUCAGCUGUUGCGGCCUUACUUCAAAAUCAAAAUUUCAGACUACCUCCAUCCACCCACUGAAAAUUCCUUGCUACAUACCUGUAUGGGACUCCUUUCGCUUCAAACAAAGUUCUUUACAUUGGAAACUGAAACGUGGGGAACUACUUUUGGCUUGGCAUUUCCUACGCAGUUUAUUACACUUUAGACAAAGUAGGAAGGGGGUUUGGAAACAGACUUCAAAUCGAGAUUUUUCAUCAGAGGUGUGAACAAAAUUUAACAGCUAAUGUUCUUCAGAAAGUGAAAAAUGGUUAUAUGAAAUGAGUUCUAAUCCACUCAGGCUGUGACAUGUACCAGGAAUGCUUUGCCUUAUUAUUUUAUCAAUUUUAUUUUUGUUUUAUGACUGUGAACAAAACUCUGUAUAAGAAGGUAUUCAUACCUGCUAUUUGUAUAGGUUACCUACAAAGUUAGGGUACUCCCUUAGUAUGUGUACCAGGUUAGGGUUAGGCCAUAAUUUUAUUCCGAUUUUCCUUAUUUUAGUUCUAUUACGAGUUCGAUGACUGUCUGAGUUAGCCAAGUGAAUAUACCCCUGCACAUGAUGUAAAGUAGACGAACAAAAUUUGUUAUCUACAUAUUGGUGCACAUACUUCUGGAGCACCCUAAGUUUAUUACUCUCUGUGUGUGGUCCUGAGCAAAUAUUUUUUAUUUACAAAGGAUUCUAAAAAAUACAGUACUUUGAUUUUCAGAAUUGGAAUGAUUAAUGAAUGUAAGCCACUGAUGAUUGGAUUUUUCCUUGAAUUGUUCCGUUCUAGAGACCCUAGUACACAUUCUGUUGUAACAACCGAACAAAAAUUCUAAAUAACGUUUGAGAAAUUUAAAAAUCCCAAAAUUGAAUUCUCCCGCAUUAAAUAAUUUUGAAAUGAUGUAAUUCUGAUAACUUUCAAAUAUUUUGACAUCAACCUAAAUCGUAAAACAACAAAAUUUGAAACUGACAGCAACGACUUCUGCUUGUGAGCAUGAAAUUAUUCUGACCAAGUGACUAGUCUCGUGCUUCAAUAGUUCCUGAUGGUUAAGCAUUCGGAAUUAGUACAAAUUGACCUCAACCUAAAUCGAAAAACAACAAUGGCAGAAACUGGCAGCAACAUUGAGAUGAGAAAAUUCUGACUAGUUACGCUCCAAUACUAUUCAGUGGAGUAAUUAGAAUUGUAUCAAAUUAUUUAAAAUACAAUGUUGUUUUAGCAUUGUAUUAUUAUUUUGCUUCUUCAAGUAUUUUUAUUAUUUUCAUUGACUUGUCGACACAAUUUCAAAAACUCGCUGAGCGCAGCUUUCCCACUUAGAAGUGAUUUCUGAGAAAAUCAAUGUUAUUAGGUUUUAUAUUAGUACUUUAAUUUUGCUGCCAUAAAAGCACAAAAAUCUUGUUAGUCUUUGAUGUAUUCUUCUUGUAUUGAGGUAUUAUUCUUGGGUGCCGUGACCUAACAAAAAUAAAUUUUUUAAUUUGAGUCGCUUGGAAAAAGGUUGGAAACGCUGCACUAUGUCUGUUGUAUUUUCGAUAUGUUCAGCUAUUUAACCUGAUUAAGAAUGUUUUGGAGUAGUUGUCAGUAUACAAACUUUAUUUUUUUGCCGUGGAGAGCUCAUGUACGCAUUGGCACUAUGUCAUCAAGCACACACCCACUGUCCAUGUUCACUACACAAAUCUCCUGUAUAUACCAUUUUGUUUAUUCACUCACCUAGUCGACUUUUUACCACCUCACAUAUGGUUUAAUGCAUUUUCAGUUGUGCCUCAAUAAUUUAAAUUAUGGUCCCACACAUAUAUUACUUUAUUUUUAAAGGUGCAAAUUUAACCUGAACUAUUUCAAUUUUUGUCACUGUAGCUUGAAGGGUAGGGAAUGAAGAUUUUUGCUUAACAAAUUUGAUGGUUUCCAAAUUUGAAAAUUCUUCUAGUUAAUCUUGAAGUUGCCACUUUUUGUGUGAACUAUAGCUUGAUGGCCAAAAUUUCACUAAAAAUAUUUUCGAAUGUGGAAUUUCAAAUUCAAUCAACUUCAUGUUCCCAAAUAACUUAAAUCACUAUGUUGAUCACAUCUAAAAUUAUACAAACAUAAAGAUUAUUGGAUUCCAAGUGUAUUGGUCUGCUUGUCAGACUUUUUAAAAAUCCUAAUUUUUAAAUAAACAUGUUCUAAAUUAUUCCUAAAUUCAAGAAUUUACUAUAUUAAAUAAAUAAUGAAUUUUCAACGUUUUCGAAUACUCAAUUAGUUUUGGACAUCCCUGGUCCUCAAAAUUACGAUGGUUUCAUUUAUACCCCUCCAGAUACAUAGAAAAAAAAUUUACUCUUUCAUCCUUCAAUAACAAUAAGAAAAAUAUUUAUAAAUCGGAUUCGAAUCACUGACGCAGUUUACUAAACCUAAAAUAUCAUUUUCAAACAGCCAUUUCCGAAGUAGAGCCAAGUCGCAUCUUGCUCAAAAUAAGAUAGGACCAUGUCAUUUUAAUUAAUCAAUCAAGCAUCAUUUUUUUGUCAACACACUGUAAAGACAUCAUGAAAAAUAUGGUGAAUAUCAUGAAAAAAGACUAACUAACUUGAAUUGUGUGACAGGAGUCAUCAGGCAGCGACACCUACAAAGCUGAUUACCUUCAACGAAUAAAAUUUGAUAAAUGCAGAUGCUUCUAAGACUAUUAUUAUUUUUGUGACAAACAGGCACCGAAACAAAUUAAGUCAUUAUCCUAGCCAUCCCAGUGGUUGUAAUAGAAUACGAGAACGAUAAUUAAUGAAUAAACUGAAUAGAAUUAUAGUUGAUUCUUCAUAAUUUUUUUUGUGUGUUUUUAUCCUUUGAGUUUGUAUUAAUUGUAAUAUCAUAUUAGAGAAUUACAAAUAUAUUGAUGAAACGUGUUG